AUGCACCAUCAUUUCCCUUCCACCUUCCUCCUCGCCGCUUCCUCUCCCUCCACCGCGCAGCUCCAGCCGCCCUGCCGCCGCCGCAUCCCCUUCCAAGUUCAGGCUGUGGGUGGAACCUGUUGCUUUAGCUCACGUUUCCUUUCCUCUCCGGGCUGCACGCUGAGGAUGACCUCAGCGAGGUGUGUGUAUGAGGAAUGGAGGUGUGACCCUGGAUGGGUGAAGCAUGGCUCUGGAACCAGCAGCAACAGCAGCAGCAGCAGCAGCAGCAGCAGCAGCAGCAGCAGCAGCAGCAGCAGCAGCAGCAGCAGCAGCAAUAUCUUCCUAAUCCCUAGGUUGUUCCCGGAGCAAACCGUUCGGGGGAAGCUUACCAAUUUCCGGUCCUCUGACUCAAGCAGGGUUGGCAGCUGCCUUCAGGGCUGAUUCUUCAUUGUUCCCUGUCAGCAAGUCCUGGAGGCCUGGCCUCAACACACUGUAAGCACCUAAUUCCCUGUGUUGAAGCCUUUUGCCCUUUAUGCUUAAAAUAGCUAGAGUGGUUUCUGUUUUCUGUAAUAGAACUCUAAUACACUGGAAAAAUAAGAGACCUAGCAACAUCUGGCCCUAUUUCAGUUCUGAUAACAAUAGGCUGGUUAUGAGCAAUAGGCUCUAGGUUGCAUAGUCCCUACCACACCUUAUUGUAACCCCCAAAUGGAGACCAUUUGUCAAAUGCUAUUUUAUCAUUGUAUUUUUUAGUGUUUGUUUUUAACAGACAUCCAUUUCUCUUCAUUGUUUUACCUUCUUGCACUCUGUAGGGAUUUGAGUUUGAAUCCUUACUAAUACCUACCCGAAGCUUGGUGGAAAACACUUUUUUUAAAAUUUCUUAAAGAAUAUAAUUCUUUCAUUUUGAACAUACUCCAAAAUGUCCCCUAAUUAAAGCCAGAAAACUGGACACCUAAACUGCAUUAUUUAGGUCCCAGUUAAAAGUGUUUUUUACUGAACAAUGGAACUAGUGUUAUUAAUCCUAAGGGUGUUGUUGAGGAAACUGUAAUGUCACCUCUAUAGGGACACAACAGAUUUCUUUCAAGUCAAGUUUUAUCUUAUAAUCAUGUAAUAGGUCACGCUUGCUUUUUGCAUUGGCUGUUAGAAAGUUAGGGCCAGAGGCUACCUGAAGGGCUGACUUCUCACACUGUACAUGGCUUUAUUUAGGCUUUUUUGUUGUGUACUAGCCCUACUCCUGACUGAGUCUCAUGAUUACUACCCUGUUUUUCUCUUCAGCAGAUUUAUUCAUAUUUUUUUAAAAAUUCCAUCGUAUUCAUAUUUUUAAAACAUUCCAUUAAAAUUCUUUUAGUUUUAUAGUUUCAGAUCUUACAUUUAAGACUUUAACCCAUUUUGAGUUGAU